ACUAGGCAGCAGAGUGCGCAGGCGCAGACGGAGCCGGGCGGAAGACUGCGCAAGCGCAGUGGGAAGCCGGGCGGCAGGCGGUAGAGUGCGCAGGCGCGGGGGAGCGAGGGGACGACGGCAUGGCGUCGAGGGCCAAGCGUCGAGCCUUGGGUGGGCGAGCUCCGGGGGAGGUGGCGCCCCCGGGGGGUGGGGAGGGGGACGGCCGGGAGGAGAGGGAGGAGGAGGAGGACGGUGGGGACACCGACGACGACGACGACGAAGAAGAAGAAGACGACGAAGACGAGGAAGAAAUCGAUGAGGAGGUGAAUGUGGAAUUUGAGGCUCAUUCGAUCUCAGCUCAGGAUUACAACGGGAUAAAGAAAUUACUGCAGCAGCUGUUUCUGAAAGCCGCGGUGGACAUCGCCGAGCUGACCGGCCUCUUAGUCCAGCAGAGUCACAUCGGGAGCAUCAUCAAGCAAACAGAUGUCGCAGAAGAAAGUGAGGACGAGGAGGAUGCUGAUGAGGAAGAGGAGAUCUUUGGCUUCAUAAGUCUCCUGAAUUUAACGGAGAGAAAGGGGACGCCGUGCGUGGAGCAGAUCAAAGCGCUGCUGCUGGACCUGGGCCGAAAGAGCGGCGAGCGGCAGGCGGCCAAACAGCUCCGCGACUUCCUGGAGGACGCCUCCCGGCCCGUGGGGCUCAUCCUCAGCGAGCGCUUCCUCAACGUGCCCCCCCAGGUCGCCCUGCCCCUCCACCUGCAGCUCCAGAAAGAGCUGGCGGAGACGCAGAGGACGAAGAAGCCGGGCGGGAAGUGCGCGUAUUUCCUCCUCAUCAGCAAGACGUCCGUGGCCCUGGCCGGUGGCGUCCAGCACAGCGGUCCCCGCCGGCCCCCGGACCUCAUGUUCGCCAACGCGGAGGAGGAGUUCUUCUACGAGAAAGCCGUCCUGAAGUUCAGCUGCUCGGUGCAGGAGGAGAGCGACUCGUGCCUGGGCGGCAGGUGGUCCUUCGCCGACGAGCCCAUGACGCCCACGCGGACGGUGGUGCUCGUCCCCGCGGACAGGAUGGACGCCGUCAUGGACAAGCUGAAGGAAUAUCUGGCCGUCUGAGCCGCGGGGCCGGCGGCCGGGGCUCCGGGAGCGACGCCCAUCUCAUUCCCAUCCCAGGGAGGGAACAACCGGUCGGGCGCCGGCCGCGACGAAAU